AUGUCCUACCUUAUUCAACCUUCCCCAUCCUCAGGAGGUGCUGGCAACAACUCCCUCUAUAUAUACACUCUAUCCAACCCCGACGACCACGAGAAGACGAUGAUACGAGAUCUUGGAACCUGGGGCUGGGUAGUCACCAGGCACAACAAUGAUGAUAUUGAGUACUUGGACACGCUAAGGGAGAUCGACAGAGCUGUAAAGCAACGACGGCGCCGGACACAGAUGAUCUUUGGGGACAUGGUGGGAGAAGGACCGAGGCUGCCGCUGGAGGAGGUGUGGGAGAGGGAAGCGAGAAUACAGAGUCAAAGGGAUUGUGAGAUCUCGGGGACUGAACAACCAGAAAGUGAUCAAAGAGGAAAGGAUGAAGCCAGUUAA